AUGUGUACUUCGCCCCAUUCGAUUUCCUACAGUCUGUCGGCGUCUUGUCACUGUUUCUCUGUUUCCAAACUGCUGUCUCUGGCAGAGAAGGGUGUCAUUAAGAUCUACAAGGUCAACUAUGGGCGCACCAGUUCCUCUGUCUGCAGUCAAAAUCAAGCUGCUUCAGUGCUGGCCAAGACCGAUUGUCUCUCCAACCAAUUCACCUAUGUCAAUCAGAGUUGUGGCAACAAAAUCAUCUGCACGGUGACAGUCAAGAACUUUGCUGACCCCUGCGGUGGCACCUACAAAUACCUGGAGACGUCCUACGCCUGCGUAUAUGACUAUGACCUGUAUUACAUCCCUGAAAAAAAGACUUGGGACGAAGCUCUGGGACUCUGUAGGAAGAAUUACUCGGACCUGCUGUACAUCGCUCAGCCGGACGUGCUCAGACAAGUCAACACACUGUUCGGAGCGGCGUCUGGCGAGGUCUUCCCUGAGGGGGGCGUGUGGAUCGGGCUGCAGCGGAGUGUGAGCCAGGGUUACCUGGACUGGCACUGGGCAAAUGGCACUUCAGUCGAGUUCAAUAUGUGGGACAGUGGCUUUCCCACAGACCCCCUGUUCCAACACUGCGUCAGGCUGGACUACAACAGUACAGGGCACAUGGUGUGGAACGCUGCCUGCUGUGAAGAACAGCUGCCUUUCAUCUGCCAGGAUUAAAGAACGAGACAUGCUCAGCACCAGCUCCUCCUUCCCACUUCGAGAAACAACAUUUCUAGAAAAAGAACCAAGGCCUGCUGUUUUCUCACCACAGUUCGAUCCACCUGUCAAACAUUUGAGACAAGGGCACCGUAUGCAAAAUUUUCCAUCCUGGAUGCUGUAUCUGACGAAAAUGUAAAAUCCCUUGUAAAACCAUUUCCAAUGAUAGUUUAUUCAUUUUGUGCUACAUUUUUAGGCUUUGUCUGAAACAUGGAAACAUGCUGUUUCCACUGCUGCUUCAGCGAUUUAAUUAUUAUUUUUUGGUUUGUUUUAUUGUCUUUUACAAAGAUUAUGGUUUUGUUCUUGUACUGAAUCCUAAAGCAUGUUACAAUAUGAAAAUGA